AUGUCAACUUCUGAGGAAGAAUUGAUAUCCUUAUUUAAUAACUUUGGAUUUGAUGAAAAAAAAUCAAAAGAUAUUGCCAAAAAUAAAAAAGUUGCAUCUUUAUUAGAACAAAUUUUAUCAAAAUCAUCAACUAAAAGAUACGAUGAUGACAAAAAAUUAACUUUAUUACAUCAAUUAGCCGUUUUAGAAAACAAAAGUGGUAAACCAGUUCCAAAUGUCCACUUUAUUAUCGAUGGAAUCAACAACAAUGAAUUAAAAACAAAUUUGCAAAUAUCAGAAGCUUUAAAAUACUUACAAUCAAAUGAGUCACCAUCAAAAAAGGAAUUUGAUUCAUAUACUGGAGUAGGUGUUGAAUUGACUGAAAAUGAUGUUAAACAAGAAAUUCUGAAAUACCUUGAUUCUAUUGAUCAAAAAUUACAAACUGAGAGAUACUCAAUAUUACCAAAAGUCAUGUCUGAAGUUAAAUCACUAGCAUCAUUAAAAUGGGCUCCACCAAAUUUAUUUAAACCAAUACUUGAUGAAUUAUUUUUAACAAAAAUUGGUCCAAAAGAUGAAAGAGAUAAUAAAAAGAAAGAGAAAAAACCAAAAUCUGAAACAAGUACCACCACUAAAACAGCAGAACCAGAAAAAGAAAGAUCAAUGUUUUCAGAAGGAUUCUUGGGAGAUUUACAUAAACCUGGUCAAGAACCACAAAUGUAUCCCGAAUUAUUAAAAGAACAUAAUGAAUUCAUAAAAGGUAAUGUAUAUACACGUUUUCCACCUGAACCAAAUGGAUUUUUACAUAUCGGACAUUCGAAAGCUAUUAUGGUAAACUUUGGAUAUGCACAAUUCAAUAAAGGUUUAUGUUAUUUAAGAUUUGAUGAUACAAACCCUGAGGCUGAAGAAGCUAAAUAUUUUGAUUCUAUAAAGGAUAUGGUAAGUUGGCUAGGUUACAAGCCAUGGAAAAUUACUUACUCAUCAGAUUAUUUUGAUGAAUUAUAUGAACUAGCUGUAAAAUUAAUCGAAAUGAAUAAAGCUUAUGUUUGUCAUUGUACUUCAGAAGAAGUCAAAUUUAAUAGAGGUCAAAGAGAAGAUGGUACACUAGGUGGUGAAAGGAUUGCAUGUAAACAUAGAUCACAAUCUAUCGAACAUAACCUAAAAGAAUUCCAAGCAAUGAAAGAUGGUAAAUAUGCCAUUGGAGAAGCUACUUUACGUAUGAAACAAGAUUUAGAAAGUCCUUCACCUCAAAUGUGGGAUUUAGUUGCUUAUAGAGUAUUAAAUAAACCACAUCAUAGAACAAGUGAUAAAUGGAAAAUUUACCCAACAUAUGAUUUCACUCAUUGUCUUGUUGAUUCAAUUGAAAAUAUUACUCAUUCAUUAUGUACCACCGAGUUUGUAUUAUCAAGAGAAUCUUAUGAGUGGUUAUGUGAUGCAUUAAAAGUUUAUAGACCAGCUCAAAGAGAAUAUGGUAGAUUAAAUUUAACUGGUACAAUAAUGUCCAAAAGAAAAAUUGCAAAAUUAGUGAAUGAAAAUUAUGUUAGAGGUUGGGAUGAUCCAAGAUUAUAUACUUUAGAAGGUAUAAAAAGAAGAGGUGUACCACCAGGAGCUAUAUUAUCAUUUAUUAAUACUUUAGGUGUUACUACUUCAACUACAAAUAUUCAAACUAUUAGAUUCGAAAGUGCUGUUAGAAAUUACUUAGAUCAAACUACUCCAAGAUUAUUUUUAAUUUUAAAUCCUGUUGAAGUUCAUAUUGAUAAUUUACCAGAUGAUUUUGAAUUAAAUAUUGAAAUUCCAUAUAAACCAGGUAAAGAUGUUAAUAACUUGGGUGAUAGAAAACUAAAAUUUUCAAACAAAAUUUAUAUUGAUAGAGGAGAUGUAAGAGAUACACCAGCGGAUAAAGAAUUUUAUAGAUUAGCACCAGGUCAACCAGUUGGAUUAAUGAAAGUUCCUUAUAAUAUUAGUUUCAAAUCUAUUGAGGAAAAAGAUGGUAAAACAAUAGUUCACGUCAAUUACGAUAAUGAGGAAACCAAACCUAAAAAACCAAAAACCUACAUUCAAUGGGUCCCAGUAAAUGAUUGUUUAAAAAUUAAAGAAGUAAGAAUAUAUAAUCAAUUAUUUAAAUCAGAAAAUCCAUCAUCAAAUCCAAAAGGUUAUUUAGCAGAUAUAAAUGAAUCAAGUGAAUCAGUUAUAAAAAAUGCAAUAAUUGAAUCAAAUUUUAAAGAAAUUGUUGAUAAAUCACCAAUGAAUUUAGAAAUUCCUGGAUCACAAUUUAAUAUAAAGGAAUCAAAUGGAAAUAAUACUAUACGUUUCCAAGCUUUAAGAGAAGGUUACUUUUGUGUUGAUAAAGAUUCUAAAGUUGAUGAUUCAAAUGAUAUUAUUUUAAAUAGAAUUGUUACUUUAAAAGAAGAUGUUAAUAAAUAA